GACGGACCACGUGACAAUGCGGAAGUAUUUUACAACAACAUGAGCACAACCUGAGCACUUUCACAACGAUGCUGCGCACUUUUCUCGUGUUUUUGGCGCUUAUCUUUGCACACUCCGGCCUCUGUCAGGAUGCUUCGUGCGGGGCAGAGUCACAAAGUCAAACCCGGGCAGAAGCAUCGAGCUGCGGCUGUGGAAACCUGAAAAGAGCCGCAGAUCCGGAGGAGAGCGGAGACACGGAGAACCCGGCUGUCAAAUACUCCCAACAUGUGGAUGAAAAUCUGACGGAACAUCCCACCACUGAACAGAAAAGCAGUGAGAUGGUCCUGGUUCCGGGGGGAGAGUUCCUGAUGGGCACAGACAGUCCGGGGAUCCUCGCAGAUGGAGAGGGGCCUCAGAGACUCGUCCACAUAGACCCCUUUUUCAUGGACGUCCAGGAAGUCACCAACAGACAGUUCCAGAGCUUUGUCAAUGCUACACGCUACGUCACUGAGGCAGAGAAGUUUGGAGAUUCAUUCGUCUUUGAGGGAAUUCUGAGCGAGGCUGUCAAGAGUGAGAUAAGCCAAGCGGUGGCUGCUGCCCCCUGGUGGUUGCCGGUGAAAGGGGCAAACUGGAGACACCCUGAAGGGAAAGACUCAGACAUUUUAGAAAGACUGGAUCAUCCUGUCCUGCAUGUGUCCUGGGCUGAUGCUGUGGCGUACUGCUCCUGGCUCCAGAAGAGACUCCCCACCGAGGCCGAGUGGGAGUGCGCCUGCCGGGGAGGACUCAAAGACAGACUGUAUCCAUGGGGGAACAAGUUGACUCCAAAAGGACAGCACUACGCAAACCUGUGGCAGGGCGAGUUCCCGUCACAGAACACCGGAGAGGACGGCUUUGUCAAAACGUCUCCAGUGAAGUCUUUUCCUCCUAAUGGCUUCGGUCUGUACGACAUGGUUGGAAACGCCUGGGAGUGGACCUCAGACUGGUGGAGUGUGCAUCACACCACAGACGCACAAACCAACCCUACUGGUCCUACAUCUGGCUCAGACAAGGUGAAGAAAGGAGGCUCCUACAUGUGUCACAAGUCGUAUUGUUACAGAUACAGAUGUGCAGCCAGAAGUCAGAACACUCCAGAUAGCUCCUCUUCAAAUCUGGGCUUUCGCUGUGUGUCCCAGGACCAAAGGUGACCUUUAACCUCUGACCUCUGCUGCUGAGAAUACUGUUUACAAAAUCCUGUCCAGCUGCCAAACCCGGAACUAAGAGGGACAUUUUUAAUAAAUACAAUAUCUAUAUAAUACUAAAAUCUGUUUUUAAACUAGACGUUUAAAUGAUCUUUAAUACCUCUAGUUUAGGAAAUUGCCUUUUAGCCCACACACAGAUUGUAUUACAGAGAUUUAUGAAUAAAUUGAGACUGAAUGAUAUAUCCUUGGGUUUCAGAUGAAAAAACUAUCAACUUUGCUACAGUAAUUAACAACAACAGAAUAUUAUAUCUUUUGAAUAGUAAAAACAAAUCUUUAAAAAGAAAGUAGAAACCCAUGACUAAUAUAUUUUAGGAAACAUGUUGCAUGAGGACCAUAGAGAGGCAACUGUCAGGAACAUACAGUUUAAAUCAAUCACACAUUGUUGGGUGAGAACCAUAUGGAAACAUCUGCCCGUGACUAUCUUAAGCCCCUUUUCCAGCAGCAUCUCUCUGCUCUGCUCUGCUCCGCUCUGCUCAGCCCCACUUAUAUAAUGGUGCUGUAUCCAUGGAAACUGCUCACAACAAACCACAUCCAGCACUUUGACCAAUCAGGGACCAGUAGUAUUUUUAAAACCCGAUUCUGGUAAAUAAUUACUAAUGGAAACGCUCCAGACUGCAGGAGAGUAGAGUAUGGCAGGAUUGGUGGAAAUGAACCUUUAUGUUAAAUGUUUAUUCUGAAAUGUUUAUUCUGAAAUGUUCUACAUUUAUUUUACAAAAUAAAAUCCUAUUUAAGAUGAACUUUAUUAAAUUAGUUUCUUUGAUACACUGCAAAAAUGUAAGUGGGUACAAAUUGUUGCUGUAGAAUAUAAUGUAUUUUUGUAAAGAAUAAUGAUUAAAAUUCCUUAUACAAUUGUG